AAAAAAAGAAGAAGGAGAAGAAGGUGCCAUUUUUGAAAUUGAAACAUAACGAGAAGAAGAAAAUGGAAGUGUUAGAAUUGGACGAAAGCACGAAGAUAUUGGAUUCAUGUUUAGCGCAAAUCAAUUGGCGCCUAAAAUCUUCAACGAAGCGUCGAUUACAAUUAGAUAUUAUUGCCCUAAUUACAAAAAUGAGAGCAGUAAUUAUGAUUGACUAUGGUGGAAUAAUGCCUCAACUUCAACACCAACUCUCUUCACUCCUUCAACUCGCUCAGAAAGAAUCUCCAAUUUUUCAGCAUCUAAGAAUAAUUGUUAUUCAAGAGAUGAUUUACUUGAUUCACGUAACGGAAUUAACUGACUUUGUUAAUUCAACUUUGAACUCUCAAUUGCUCUUUGUUGACCUAGAACAUGAACCCCCAAAGUUGAUAACAGAAAUUGAGAAAAGCGAAUUAGCAAUGCAACUGGUGUCAAUUCAGAAGCUGUUUUCGACUGUUUUUUCCACUAAUGGAGAGGCAAAAAUGAUGGAUGGUGCUAACUCUUCUUAUUCUACUGAAUGCAUUGAUCUUAGUAACUGUAUGGAAAACACUGAUGUCACAAUUCCAACUUUGAAUGGAUGGCUUCUAGGCUAUCCAGUGGUGUAUUUGUUCGGCAAGGAGCAUAUUGCUGAUGCCAUAUAUAAUCUUUCAACCAAAUAUCUUCAUAUUUUCCAAGUGUUUGUCUGCAGGAAUACUAAUCUCAAGAAAGGAAGUCAACCUGAAGAACUAUUAAGUUUUUCUGUGCCUUAUGAUGUAAGCAUGAGAGGGAGUAAAGAACAAUGGGCAGAAGCUUUUCUAGCUCGCAUGCAGGCAAAAUGGGAAAGAUGUCCAAAUGUUUGGAAGUCUUUAAAGAUGGAGGUUAGUGAAUGUCAUCCUCAAGCUAUCGUGUUAUAGUUGUCCCCGCAUCUAGGCAGAACAGAAUCUGAAUCCCCAAAAGUGCAUAUUGUGCUUCAAAAAAUAGAUGUACUUAAACGGAAACAUUUAUCAGAAGAUUCCUUUUGUUUGAUGAAAAAUAUGUUAUAUUCCCACAUGGACUAUUUAUAAAGUGCUGCAGUUAUAUGGAGUUUUGAACUAAAGGAAUUUGUAUCGUAGAUAAACAUUUUAAAUUAGUGUUUAUAGUAUAAAUGCUUAUUAUAGGAA